UCAUGAACAAUUUUUGAGGGAAGGGGUAAAUUGCAUUGUAUACAAAUUGUAAUAAAUAAAUUAUAAAUUAAAUAGUUAAAAGAUUGUAAAACAUUGUAAAGUGAUGGUACUAAAGCUCCUACUUUAGCAUAGAAAUAAUUUCUUCUAAAGAUUCACUCCAACAGGAUCCUUUUCUCUUCUGAUGUGGUUUAUGUUAACAAUGUCAACUAACAUAUGCUCCACCAAUCAGGAUCAGUUACUUAGGAGUUUAUUUCCUUUUCCUUCUGGAACAUCUAAUUAUGAAAUUAUCCUACUGGCAUUUGUGAACUUCUUAUAGCUUUUAUUUACAUCACUAAAAGCAUCACAAAGAAACAGGAACAGUGUCACACAGUUUCAAGCAACUAUUACAUUACAAAUACUCCAUGCAUAAUCUGGAUGUUCUCCUAGACAAGCGGUCUCCAACCUCUGCUCUGUGGAUUGGCACCAGUCUACAGCCUACCAGGAACCAGGCCACCGAAGCAAGUAAAGCCCCAUCCACGCAUGCAUGGAAUCCGGGUAGUGUACAAAAUCAUUCAUCUCCUGCCCAUAGAAAAACUGCAUUCCAGUUUGGUGCAGAAUAGUUUUGGGGCCUUUGCCCUAGUCUCAUAACUCCUUUUCAAAGACCAGGUGACAGUCAUUGCUAGGAUAGUUUUUGCACAAAUUCAUAUUGUGUACCAGUAGAAUAUUUUCCUGAAAUGUGAGGUCCUGCAUGUGUCCUGAAACUUUUCUCAGUGAGAUGAGUCCAAUAUAGGUUAAACAAACAAACAAACAAACAUAGAACAUCCUCUAUAUGGGGCUACCCUUGAAGAAUAUUUGGAAGCUAGAAAUGGUAAAGAAUGCAGAGCCAUGGAAACUGAUUGCCAGUUUGCUUGUGGAUCCUUUUCAAAGCAUUAGCCUUUAUGGCAUCAGUCCAUGGUAUCUGAGGGGCUGUCUCACCAACAGUAUUGGCCAAUCCCACUUAUUCCAAUGGAAGGGAUGUACUUUGGACCCCUUCUGCCAGAAAAUUGUGGCUUGUGGGUUCCAGGAAAAGAGCCUGCUGUGGCCCUCAUCCUUAUGGAUGCCUAUAGAGAUUCUCAAUCAUCCAGGUCAUGAUUGUCCCACAGAUGUUUUAUUUUCCAAAAAGCAACUGGACCUUCUUGGGUUUUUCCUUUAAAAACUUAGAAAAGUUAGAACUGGGAAAAACUUCUUGGGUAUGAUGACCCAGGGUCCUGAACAGAGGCAAAGCAAUUAACUGGUCAGUACAAUUGUCUUUUUAAGCACUGCCAACGUUCACCCAACAGCCCCCACAUAUGCUGGCACAAGUUUAAUAAAACAGUCAGGGAAGUUUACAUGGUUCUUUAAAAUAAAACAGAUAACAAGCAAACGUAUAAUCCUUUCAACUCCCAGCUUGCCUGUGAACUGCAAAUUGCAAAACUGCAGACAGUAAGGAGAAAUCAGCAGGAAGCAAACUUGGUCCAAAAUACAAAGUGUCCAGGUACAAGAGCACACUACCACAAGAGUUCAUGUUUGUUCCUGGCAAAUGCCCCACCCCAUAGCGUCUCCCUAAAUCCUACUCCCCAGGUGUGCCUUAUGGAGUGGGGCGUGACACUCUCCUCCCAAGCAAGUGAGCCUGCCUCCAUUGUUCCCUCCUCCUCUCUGUUCUCCUGCUCUGUGAUCAGGUGGGGAGGGGCCUUGCUCCUCGCCUGAACUCUGCCUUCCUUGUUCCAAACUUGAAGGGCCCUGGCCUGCUUCAGCCUGUUCCUCCCCACAGUCCUCCAAAGCCACAGACACCCUCUCCUGGGCCUCAACAGGGAAUUCCAUGUCGUCCUCAGAGUCAGGUUCAGACAGAGGCAUGAUAUCAAGUGAGAAGCAAAAUAUGGGAGACCCUUUGGAAUUUUCUCCUCUUUGACGUAUGGUCAGCUCCCAAUAAUUAUUACAUCCUUCCCCUUUUCUACUGUUGUCCCCUAAUAUUUGCUUUUGUAUUUUCAUAUUUUAUAUUAUAAAUGAAUAGAACUAAUAAAAAGGAACAGAUAAAAUAUUAGGCUUUAAGAAUGGGAUGUCAAUAAAAAUGCCAGUGAAGUAUUGUCAUCCAAUUUUUUUGUUUUGGUAGCCUGUUCUCUGAAAAUCUUGAAGAGGAAUUUUAAAACUCCCUGUCAAUUUCUGUCCUUGUAGUAAAGCAUACAAUUUUUGAGACCAUGUAUCUCUCUUUUUUAAAUUUGAUUAGAGAUGGAUAUGAUAAAUACUGAUAAAAUUUCCAUGAGGUAGCAAAAUUAGAUAAUUUAAUUAUGUAAAUAGCACAAUAUUGGAAAUUGGGACCAAUUAAAUGGAUAGAAGUUCCAAUAUCCAGUAUAUAGGAUUUAUAUUAUCCUUGAUAUUACAAAAUAAUAUAACAACCAACAAUUUAGAAAGCAAUAAUAAAAUAAAAUCCCAGGUUAUUAAAUCUGUUUCUGAACUUGCUUUUGGCAGGUUUCCUCAAUUAAUCUAUAUUUGAGUUUUCAGUUUGGAAAGUAAGAAUUUGUGAGUUUCAACCCUAAUCCUAUUGAUAACAUCAUCUAUGAUUGUCUAAUGAAAUGGGAUGGCUGAUAUUAGAACACUCUCAAAUGCACUACCUGUUAAUGGCUAAUUGCAUUCAUAAAAAACUUACAAUGAUAGUUUUAUUUUGUCUAGUUUACGUUGUGUAUUUUUGAUAUGUAAUUGUCUCUUGAGAGAAACAAAAUAAUUAAUAAGCUUGCUGAAUAUAAACUCAGCCUUUUUUCUCAAGAUAGAUCUGAGCAUACUUUUAUGCAUGUAUUAUAGGGCCAAUAUUUAACAGUUUAUAAAGCUACAAUAAUUCUAUGAAGAAAAAUUGUAGAAUCUGUAUCCUGUCUUUCCUUCAAGAGUUCAUUCUAUAUAUUGGAGAUCUGUAUCCAAUUUUUCAUCACUGUAACAAUUCUGCAAGGAAGAUAAGAAAUAAUUAUUAUUCCAAAACUUCAGGAAAUUUCCAGAAGGUCUUCCAAGUCCUAUACAAACAGUGCAACCAGGAAAAGAAUGGAAUGGAAGGAAAUAACUUGUGAUCAAUAGGUUGGAAUUCAAUCAAUCAUGGAUUUAUGUAUAGAGAUAACACUGUGAUUAGGCACAGGAAUGAAUUGCAUCCAUUAUUUUAAUUAUGUAAUUCUAUUUUCAUUCUUUACAGUUUUUCAGUCUAUUUUUUAUUCUGUUCACAUUUAUGUUUAUAAAUUAAUUUAAUUAAAUCAUAAACAUGAAUAAUCACACAACAGUGCCUUACUUUUUACUCCUGGAAUUCUCAAAGAAUCGACAUUUUCAGCUUUUACAUUUCUUUGUGUUAUAUCUGACAACUAUAACAGCUAAUUUUCUUAUUAUCAUGGUAGUAACUUUAGAUAAUCAAUUGCAUAGCCCUAUGUACUUGUUCCUGAUGAACUUGGCUAUGCAGGAUUUAGGCUCAGUUUCUGUUAUAGUCCCAAAAUCCAUGGUGAAUUCCCUCGUGGAGACUAGAUAUAUCUCUUACUCAGGAUGUGCUGCUCAAGUGUUCAUAUUUAUCUCGUUUGCAGCUUCUGAUUUAUCCCUCCUGACUAUCAUGGCAUAUGAUCGAUAUGUUGCCAUUUGUCAUCCAUUGCACUAUGAGAUGGUGAUGAAUUGGAAAUCCUGCACUGAAAUGAUGAUUCUGGUUUGGGUCACUGGUGUUCUCUAUGGAACACUGCAUACCACUGGCACUUUUUCAAUUCCUUUUUGUUCUAAUGUUGUCAACCAGUUCUUCUGUGAAAUUCCACAGUUGCUAAAGCUAUCCUGCUCUGGCUUCAAUCUAGUUGAACUUGGAGUUCUUGUGGCCAGUGUCAUAGCAGGAAUUGGUUGUUUUAAUUUUAUUAUUGCAUCUUAUGUCAUGAUAUUCAAGGCAGUACUUAGAAUUCCUUCUGAACAAGGAAGGCAAAAAGCUUUAUCCACUUGUGUUCCUCACCUUAUAGUAGUAUCUAUGUUUUUAUUAACUGGAUGUUUUGCCUACCUGAGGCCGCCCUCUAAUACUCCAUCUUACUUAGAUUUUGGGGUGACUGUUCUGUAUUCCCUUCUUCCACCCCUGUUCAAUCCAAUAAUCUAUAGCAUGAGAAAUAAGAAUAUCAAAUUUGUCCUUUCAAAACUCUGGAAAUUCUGAAAAUUACCUUUAAUGUUGUUUCUAUUCUGUUCAUCACAGUUUUUUGUUUUCCUAUCCUUUUCCCCCUUACAUCUUUGAAUUAAGGGUAAGUUAAAAAGGAAGCACAAUUGAAAUCCAGGCAAAUCCAAUUUUCAAUCCAGAAGAAUGAUAGAACUUCAAAAAUUGCUGAAUUCCUGAUUACUGUCAAUGUAGUUUAUAGAGGCUAAAUGUAGAUAUUAGGCAGCUUCUAGCAUGCCACAGGCUAACAUCCCUUGAUCUUUAGUGAAAUAGGAUCAGAGUGUAAUAUGAUUAUGAAAAAACAUCCGUAAUUGAGAGGAGGUUUAAACAAUAUUUCCUACUUUUCUCUGUUCUUUAGAUAUAAAAUGGCUUCUCCUCUAAUGCUUGCAUAAUAAUAUGGCUAGUUAAAGCUUUAGCUUUUCCAAAAGUACACAGGGCUUCUCUCUCUUUAAAUGGUCCUUUGAUUGCACACUUUAAUAUUUUGCUCCUUCAAAUCAAUAUGGACUCCUGACAACUACCUGGAGAAGUCCCUGCAGUUCUGUUGGCAAUGAUUUUUAGCAGAGGAUUGCCAUUACCUCCUUCCUGGGACAGAAAGAGAGAAAAAGAGAGAGACUGGCCCAAAGAAACACAGCUGGCUUUGUUCAUAAGGCAGACUAGAGCUUGCAGUGCUCCAAUUUUUAGCCUGAUACCUUAAACUGGUAUGCUAAAUUAUUCUCACACAAUUUAGUUGAAGUGCAUUAUUUCUUUUCUUUAAAAAAUGUUCUGACAAAACCAGACACUUGACAGGAAGGGCAGGAUGGGUGAGCAUGUAGCAUGUUGAUAACCGUAAGGAAUACAAAAUACAAUACAACUUGAUACAAAGUGGAAAAGAUAAUUUAUGAUUCCUGGUCCAAUACCUGGAGAAGGGCUGAUAGAUAAAAGUACACAAUGAAGGAGAUCUUGGAAAGAGGGAAGAUUUGGUUAAAUACUUUGGGGCUCUCUAUAAGUGUACUUAGGAAGAUGCCAAGUGCUUACUGGAUUUAUCUAGCCAAGAUCAGUACCUUCUUUUGAUGAAGGUGAGGGGCUUCCAGUUAAAGGGAUAUGACAUUUUAUUCCUCUAUUGAAUGUUGCUGAAUUGUUCUCCUGCUUUAUCUAUGAAUAUAUCUUGUCUACAUUAUACUUUGCAUUUAAAUUUAUUAUUUUUCUCUGCUUUGCUUAAUAAAAUAAUCGGUUAUUUACCUAAUUUGUGUGAAUAUUGCUUUCAUGAACCUCCUAUUCACAUUUUUGUGUGAAAAAAAUGAGUUAGCCCAUAUAUUUGCAAGAGAUUUUCUAAUUCCUGUCUAUAUAUUUUAUUCUCAGAAAU